AUGAAGUCUUUCUUGUUCUCUCUGUUCGCAUUUUCCGGUGCACUGUUGGCACUGCUAUUGGUUGGGGCGGAGAAGGUGAACGAUGCUCCGCUGGUGUCGCACAAACCGCCAACAGGCAAUUCUUUGUUGACUAACACAUCUGAGUGUGCGACUCUACAUGGAAACGGUUUGCGCGUUUGCAGUACCGUCUUCGCUGUUGAUGGGGAGUUAGACGGCAAGCGUUGCGAUGAAGCCGCUUGCAAGUUACAAUGUUGCCACGCUGCCAAGCAGUGCCAGCAAUCGCACUACUUAUCGCUGACCAGCGAGGAGUGCAUCUAUUCGCAACUGCAGCAACGAAUGGGGAGGUGUUGUGUUGUGGGAAAAUCCACUGGUGCAACAAUGGUCUAUGCCGGAGGAGCGGUAGUGGGCAUGAUUAUCGUCAGCGGCCUUUACUUCAUCGUGUCGAUGGGAUCACACAAGAAGGUGAUAAAGGGCGAGAAGCCAACAGAUGACGAAGAGGGGGAAGAUGGCAAAUUGUACGAAACUAAAACGCCUCAUAUGGACGUAAACCAGCUCAUUGCUACCGACGGCGACGAUGUCUUCUGGGAGGACUGA